UCUGGUGUGCUCAAAGGGGUUUGGGAGGGGGUUGAUAUUUGGAGGUGGGGGUGGGAUUUUUGCAUUGCAAGACCCAAAACAGAGAAAGGAGGUCUGAACUCCCAUCUCCCUUCCCUUCCGUCCUUCCUCCUGCAUCAGGAAGAGCCUCUUUUGCAAAGCCAAAGAAAUUCCCAAUAAACAGCCUGGGGAAACGAAAACAGCGAGGGAGACCAUUUUUCAGAAAUGUGGGCGAUGCCGAUGGUAAUUUCGGAAGCAAAGCAGACUUUUUGCAUGGCUCGUGAGAUUGUGUGUAAGGGAGGAGAAGGUGUGAUGCCGGAGUGUGUGUGGGUGGGGCGGGGGGCCCGGAAUAAUAUUCGAGUCCUGGUCCUCUCCCCUCUCUCGCAUCCCCCCAGCCCCCAUUUCCCCUGUUUUGUUGAUUGUAAUUUCUGCUCAAAUGGAUUUUAAACUCUCCAGUGCUGGGGGGUGCUGCUGCUGCUAGUCCGCUUGAGAAAACCCCGGGCUGCUUUCCCAGGAUGGGCGCAAAAUAGGAAUCUCCCGGCCCCUCCUUGCUGGCUGCGCUUCCAGCCCCGGGGAAACAUUUUGCAAAUGUUUAAAUUUCAUUUGUUCUCUGAUUUUCUUUUACACUUAACAUUUUCAAUUUCUCUGUCUCUCUUGGAUUUUUCCUAAUUUUGGUAUGUUUUGUUAAUGUACAGGUAUAUCUGUUGUGGGAUGUAUGUCUUUUUUCCCAUUUCUAAUCCAUCUUUCUUAUUGAGACCCAAAGCAGGUCAGUUAAUCAGUGAUCAGAUCGCAAGAGUGAAGAUUGUUGUGGGGACAGAACAGAGGCGAGGAGCCUGAUUGGAAGAGCAUCGGAGUCACGUUUUGGAUCAUCUGCUCUUUGGGGCGGAGUGGAAACAUUUAAGAUGCAGUCAGAUCAGUGUCCAAUUUCCUUUGAGGAAGUGACCGUGCGCUUCACUAAGGCAGAGUGGGCCCUGCUGAGUCCUGACCAGAGAGCUUUGUAUGUGGAAGUCAUGGUGGAGAAUUAUUGCAAUGUUGCUUCCCUAGCAAUUCCCAAGCCAGUCCUUAUCUGCUGGCUUCAGGCAAGUGAAGCGCCUUUUCCUUCGGACUUCGAAGAAGAGGCCAGGUUGGCAGGUGACAGACAGGGUGACAAGCAUUAUAGCAAGAGACAUGUGAUGUCUUUUGAAACAACCAGCCAUGAAGUGGAGGAAGAGCCUUCUGGGAAUGAAGAAGGAUCAAAGAGACAGGAGGAGAAGCAAGUGGAGAAGUUGGGGAAUCAGUCUGUAGUUUUUGAAGCAGACGGCUUGCUUGGAAAGGCAGCUGAAGAAGAAUAUCUCAAAGGAAAGGGGAGGAAUCAGCUUUCUGAAAAUGGAGUAGGAUUGCAAAGAGAAUCCAAAUUUAUUUCCCCUCAGAGAAUCCACCCAUCAGAUGAGUGUUAUAUAUGUUCCGAAUGUGGAAACGCUUUCAGCAGUCUUGUAAGCCUCACUUCUCAUCAGAGAAUCCAUAUGGGGGAGAAACCAUUUGAAAGUUCAGAUUGUGGAAGUAGCUCUGAUCUGAGUGAAACCCUUCCUUCCCAUCAAACACAUCAUACUGGGCAAGAGCAAUGUCAGUGCCCAGAGUGCAGGAAGGGGAUCAGGUGUAAUACAAUUCUCCAUUCAAAGGAGAAACCAUAUAAAUGCUUAGAAUUUGGAAAGAACUACAGUCAGAGUGGAACACAUGCCUUUCAUCAAAUAAUUCACAUAGGGGAGAAACUUUACAAAUGCUUGCAGUGCAGUAAAAGCUUCAGUGUCAAAAGUAACCUUAGUAGCCAUCAAAGAAUUCACACAGGGGAGAAACCUUACAAAUGCUUGCAGUGUGGAAAAAGAUUCCGUCACAGCGCAGGCCUCACUUCCCAUCAAAGAAUCCAUAGCAUGGAAAAGCCGUAUGAGUGCUUGGAGUGUGGAAAGACGUUUAGUCACAGCACAAGCCUCACUGCCCAUCGGAGAAUUCACACAGGGGAGAGACCAUAUGGGUGCUUGGAGUGCGGAAUGACCUUCAAUGGGAGGUCAGCUCUCACUGCCCACCGGAGAAUCCACUCUGGGGAGAAACCAUACCAGUGCACAAUAUGUGGGAAAUGCUUCAGUCAGAGACCGCACCUGACUUCCCACCAAAGAACCCAUUCUGGUGAGAAACCGUAUAAAUGCCAUGAAUGUGGGAAAGGCUUCAGUCAGGGCUCACACCUGACUGCACACCAAAACUGCCACACGGGAGAAAAGCCAUAUAAAUGCUUGGAGUGUGGAAAGGGUUUCAGUAGCAACUCAUACCUUAAAGUGCAUGAAAGAAUUCAUACAGGGGAGAAGCCAUGUAAAUGCCUGGAGUGUGGGAAAACCUUCACAUUUACUUCAAGCCUUAAAAUUCAUCAAAGAAUCCACAAAGGAGAAAAGCUGUAUAAAUGCAUGGAUUGUGGGAAAAGCUUCUAUGAAAAGUCCUAUCUUACUAUGCAUCAAAGAAUUCACACAGGAGAGAAGCUAUAUAAAUGCCUGGUGUGUGGGAAGACCUUCCUUUACAAUGCACGCCUCAUUUCCCAUCAGAAAAUCCACACAGGGGAGAAGCCAUAUAAAUGCUUGGAGUGUGGAAAGAGUUUCCGUAUCAACAGUUACCUUAAAUCACAUGAAAGACUCCAUGCAGGAGUGAAACCGUAUCAAUGCCUGGAGUGUGGGAAAAGCUUCAAUCGGAGCUCAAGCUUUAGUAUGCAUAAACGAACCCACACAGGAGAGAAACCUUACAAAUGCUUGGAGUGUGGGAAACGGUUCAGUCGUAGUUCAAACCUUACCGCCCAUCAAAGAAUCCACACAGGGGAGAAACCUUACAAAUGCUUUGAGUGUGGGAAAAGCUUCAGUAAUAGUUCACACCUUUCUUCUCAUCAAAGAAUUCACACUGGGGAGAAACCUUACAAAUGCUUGGAGUGUGGGAAAUGGUUCAGUCAUAGUUCACACCUUACUGCCCAUCAAAGAAUUCAUACAGGGGAGAAACCAUAUAAAUGCUUGGAAUGUAGUAAAAGCUUCAGUUGCAGAAGUAAUCUCAGUAGCCAUCAAAAAAUUCACACAGGGGAGAAACCUUACAAAUGCUUGGAGUGUGGGAAAAGCUUCAGUCAUAGUUCACACCUUAUUUCCCAUCAAAAAAUUCACACAGGGGAGAAAUCUUGCAAAUGCUUGGAGUGUGGAAAAAGCUUCCAUCACAGUGUAAGCCUCACUUCCCAUCAAAGAAUCCACACAAGGGAGAAGCCAUAUGAGUGUUUGGAGUGUGGAAUGACCUUCCGUUGGAGUGCAUCCCUCACGUCCCACCAGCGAAUCCACUCUGGGGAGAAACCGUACCAGUGCACGAUAUGUGGGAAAUACUUCCGUCAGAGACCGCACCUGACUUCCCACAAAAGAACCCAUUCUGGAGAGAAGCCGUAUAAAUGCCAGGAAUGUGGGAAAAGCUUCAGUCAGAGCUCACACCUGACUAUACACCAAAGCCUCCACACGGGAGAAAAGCAAUAUAAAUGCUUGGAGUGUGGAAAGAGUUUCAGAAUCAACUCACAUCUUAAAGUGCAUGAAAGAAUCCAUUCAGGGGAGAAGCUAUAUAAAUGCCUGGAUUGUGGGAAAAGCUUCAAUCACAGCUCAAGCCUUAAUAUGCAUAAAAGAAUUCACACAGGAGAGAAGCCGUAUAAAUGCCUGGAGUGUGGAAAAAGCUUCCGUCAGAGCUCAGAUCUUAAUUCGCAUAAAUUAAACCACACAGGAGAGGAGCCAUAUAAAUGUUUGGAGUGUGGAAAGAGUUUCAGAUGGAGAGACACUUUUAUAUCCCAUCAAAGAAUUCAUGAAGAGGAAGAAUCAUCAGACUAGGAGUUUUUGUAAUUCCACAAAAGGUUAGAUUAAUUUGGAAAAAAAGUUUCCUGGGAAACAAAUAAUGGAGAAGCGCUUAAGGUAUCUGUGGUAAACAGGACCACAUUUACAUUGUUUAUUCAUAAGGUCUUUAGAAUGCUUAGAUGUUCAUAAGCAUUAGAAAAGCAAUGUUUGUCCUUCAGGGGCUUGGCUCAGAAACCCAUAAGUUAAUAAUGGGACCCAAUAGCCCCAUAUGUUUAAUUUCUUAGAAAUGUACCUGCACACACACAAUUUCCCAAAGAGCUGCAGAUUCACUCUUCCUUAACAAGCCAUUUCUGAGCUUUCUUAGUUGAGAUCUGUCGCGGUAUGCUUACGCUACCCAGGCCUCAGUGGUGGGUUCAAGAGAAGACACGACAUACCAAGCUUUAGUACAAAUGGUGUAUUAUACAAUUUACAGGUGGAUAUAUUACAGACUUACUACGUUGACUGACAAAGUGCUUCGCCAGUAACCCGCAGAGCUGGAGCUCUUUACAGUAAAAGACUCUGCAUCCUUAUAUAUUCCUUAGUAGCCUAUCCCAUCACAGUGCAUACUCACUGUGCCAGCCCAAAUGACCUUGACAUAUACAGAGAAGUACAUCACCUGGCUGGUAUCACAUGAUAGCUACCUGUCAUCACUCUGUAAUUACUGAUGGCACAGAUCAGUCACUGCUAGCUGCCUCAUCUGUUUGUUUAUUUACCUUGACAAGAUCUGUCUUCUGUUUGGGAAGUGGGGAAGCUGGCAUGACCUUGCGUGGCUAUUCCAAGGUAGCUUCUUCCCAAAGGGCAGCAGACUGUUCUCCAAUUAUGCCACCGAGGUAAAUAGGAGCAGCAGUUGUGUUCAGCAGAGUGCGUUCUGGUCCCGUGGAAUUGCAUUGGCUGCUUAGGAGGCUCUCUUUAUCUUACUAAAGAAAUAGGAGCCCUUUAUUAUUAAGAUCUCCACCCAGGAUAGGACAGAGUAGAGAGAGCAUUUUUAACUAACCUGGAGGGAGGGAGAGAAGAGAAUGUCGUGCUCUGCUGAUGGCAAGAUGGAGGAAAGAGAGAGGGAAGGUGUCUCCCAGAAGAAAGGAAGAUUCCCUGAGGGUAGCAAUCUGGUUAUCAAAGGGACAGCUCCAGCACAGUGACGAAGGACAUGCAAGGUCCUGACCUCUCUCUGUCUCUCUCUGCUCUGUCCUGGUCAGCCCUGGCUCGCCCAAUCUCAUCAGGUCUCUGGAAACUCAGCACAGCUGGCUUUGGAAAUCACAGAUAAAAACAGAUUUCAUUUCUGCAGUGUUCAUUUUUGAGUAAACAAAAAUUAUCUAGCAAAACAGAGGAGGCUGUGCUAGAAAUUUAUUUUGAAAUGAAGGUUCGGAGGGCAUUCUGCAUCCGGUCAAAAUAAAGCAUAUACAUUCUCUACCUAGGCUACCAGGCAAAGUAAUAGGAAGU